AUGGCCGCCGUUAACUCUACCGGGGGCUUCACCUCGGUCCUCGCCAACUCCAAGUAUGCGAAUGUCGGCAUCCCUCCUCAACUCGAUUUUGUCAUCGAUGCUGUUUCCAAUGCCGGCAUCUGGACCUGGAUCGCCACCAUCGUCGCUAUUUGCGUCGUAUAUGAUCAGAUUAGCUACAUCAUGCAAAAGGGUUCUCUUGUUGGCCCCUCCUGGAAGAUGCCCUUUAUCGGCCCAUUCCUCGACUCUAUGGACCCCCGAUUUGAUGGUUACCACGCCAAGUGGGAGAGUGGCCCUCUCAGCUGUGUUUCCAUCUUCCACAAGUUCGUUGUCAUUGCGUCCACCCGUGAUAUGGCUCGCAAGGUCUUCAACUCCCCCGGAUAUGUCAAGCCCACUGUCGUCGACGUCGCUCCCAAGCUGCUUGGCCACGACAACUGGGUUUUCUUGGACGGCAAGGCCCAUGUUGAGUUCCGCAAGGGCCUGAACGGCCUCUUCACCCGCAAGGCCCUCGAGAGCUAUCUGCCCGGUCAGGAGGAGUCGUACAACACCUACUUCAAGCACUUCCUGCAGAUGACCCAGGAGGCUGGCGGCAAGCCCGUCCCCUUUAUGCACGAGUUCCGUGAGGUCAUGUGCGCCGUUUCUUGCUGCACCUUUGUCGGCCACUACAUCUCCGACGAGGCUGUCAAGAAGAUUGCCCACGACUACUAUCUCAUCACGGCCGCUCUCGAGCUUGUCAACCUCCCCGUUAUUCUCCCCUGGACCAAGUCUUGGUACGGCAAGAAGGCCGCCGACAUGGUUCUCCACGAGUUUUCCAAGUGUGCUGCUAAGAGCAAGGUCCGCAUGGCUGCAGGUGGUGAAGUUACCUGCAUCAUGGACGCCUGGGUUCUGGCCAUGGUUCAGUCGCAGCGAUGGCGCGAGGCCGACGAGAAGGGCGAGGCCGACGGCAUGGAGAAGCCCACUCCCCUCCUUCGCAUGUUCAACGAUUACGAGAUUGCCCAGACUGUCUUCACCUUCCUGUUUGCUUCUCAGGAUGCCACCAGCAGCGCCGCCACUUGGCUCUUCCAGGUCACUGCCCAGCGACCCGACGUCCUCGACCGCGUCCGAGAGGAGAACAUCAAGGUCCGCAACGGUGACCCUAACGCUGCUAUCACCAUGGACCAGCUUGAGUCCCUCACUUACACCCGUGCUGUUGUCCGCGAGCUUCUCCGAUACCGCCCUCCCGUGAUCAUGGUCCCCUAUGUCACCAAGAAGGCCUUCCCCAUCACCGACUCCUACACUGUGCCCAAGGGCUCCAUGCUGAUCCCCACCACCUACAUGGCUCUUCACGACCCCGAUGUGUACGAGAACCCCGACUACUUCGACCCCGACCGCUACUACAAGGGUGACGCCGAGGAGAAGGGUGCCAAGAACUACCUGGUGUUUGGUGUUGGCCCUCACUACUGCCUCGGCCAGGUGUAUGCGCAGCUGAACCUGGCUCUCAUGAUCGGAAAGGCCUCGGUGAUGCUCGACUGGAAGCACCACGCUACCCCUCGAUCUGAGGAGAUCAAGGUGUUUGCCACUAUCUUCCCCAUGGAUGACUGCCCUCUUACCUUUGAGGAGAGGAAGUGGUAA